AUGCAGUGCACACGAAGGACAGCAGCACACCACAUCCUCACGAAGCAGUCCGCUGCUUCCGCUCUCAAAUCCCUCAAUGGCAGCAUAACCUCCUCUGCGGCCUCGAGACCCACGUUCACCCUCCUCCAACACCAACAAACGGAACCACGACGGCAGUUCAGCCUCAAACCACAACGCCGGUUCGAGGCCUCGAAGAACGUCCUGAUCAAGGAGUUCUUCCCUCUUAAAGAGUCCGAGCACAUCAAAAAGACACCCCCAGCAUGGCAUCAUCCGAUCUACAGCGAAGAUCAGAUGAACGAGGUCGGCCCGUCACACCGCGAGACGAGGAACUGGUCGGAUAGGGUUGCCCUGUUCAUGGUGAGGUUACUGCGAGGCGGCCUGGACCUCGCAAGUGGCUACAAGCAUGACAAAGCUGUGAAGUUGAACAAGCAGGAUCCUGGGGCUGCUCAGCAAAAGUUCGCGAUGACCGAGAGGAAGUACCUAAUCAGGAAUAUCUUCUUGGAGUCGGUGGCAGGCGUACCUGGGAUGGUUGCGGGAAUGCUCAGACAUCUGCAUUCGAUGCGACGCAUGAGGCGUGACAAUGGCUGGAUGGAGACGCUGUUGGAAGAGUCGUUCAACGAGCGAAUGCACCUCCUCACCUUCCUCAAAAUGGCCGAGCCCGGCUGGUUCAUGCGCAUCAUGGUCCUCGGCGCCCAAGGCGUCUUCUUCAACGCCUUCUUCUUCUCCUACCUCAUUUCGCCCCGCACCUGCCACCGCUUCGUCGGCUAUCUCGAAGAAGAAGCCGUGCUCACCUACACCCGCGAAAUUGAAGACAUCGACGCCGGCAAGCUACCCAUGUGGGAGAACAUGCAGGCGCCGGAUAUCGCGGUCCAGUACUGGAAUAUGCCCGAGGGACAUCGCACGAUGCGGGAUCUGUUGCUGUAUGUGAGGGCGGAUGAGAGUAAGCAUCGGGAGGUGAAUCAUACGCUGGGGAACUUGGAUCAGAAGAAUGAUCCGAAUCCGUAUGUGAGUGUUUAUAAGGAUGCGAAGGAUGGGCCGCAUCCGACGAAGGAUCUUUCGCAUCAGCGGCCGAUGGGGUGGGAGAGGGAUGAGGUGAUUUAA